AUUUGUGUUUCGUAUUGUACUUCGAACUUCUAAUACGAGUUCGUAGGUUCACUCCUUAGAAUUUUGUAUUGUGGCCUGUACAAUCUUGUUGAAAAUUUGGUGCAAGAAUCCAGUAAAUCUAUUUCAAGUAUUAACACGAAUAAUAGAGCUGAUAGUCAUAUAUCAUAUUUGAAUUAAAAUGGAACUCAAUCCUCAAAUGCCCUUCCCUUCUAGUUCUAGAAUGCAAGGGCCUAAUGGUAAUAUGAAUUCUUGUAUUUCUAUGAAUAUGAGUGUUUCAAUGAGUAUGAGUGCGUCUUCAUGUAUGCCAAGUGUACGUAUGGGUAUGCCAUUAACAAAUGUUGGGCCAGUUAUGCCUAGUAGGUAUUCAGGCACAGGUUUUGGUUAUAAUAAUGCAUGGAUGAAUCAUGGAUCUGGGCAGUAUAUAUCUGUAAAUAAUGAAGGGUUUGACUCAAGUCAACCGUUACAAAAAAUAAAACCAUCAGUAAGUGAUGGACUUCAACUUGGCAGUGCCAAUGGCAUGACUAAGACUGCUAACAUCCAAAAAACCUCUGAAAAUAAUAGUGCCACUGUUAAUAAUAAACAAGAGAAAAAGACUUCAGUAGUUAAACCUCUUCCUCCACCACCAACACCAUCAGCAUUAUUGGCACGUAUUGGUAAAUCAAUUCUUGAAAGACAAAUGCAAACUAAAGAAUAUAAAAUUAGUAAAACUGUCAAAAUUAGUUCUGAUAAAAUACAUUUAAGGUUAUCUGAUAAAUCUUCAUCUGAGCCACUACCACCUGGUGAAGAUGAUGAAAAAAUACGCAAUGAACUAAAACUUAAAAGUCUUGAACUAAAGAGAAAAGAAGAAACAAGUAAACUUCAAUUAAAAUCUAACAUUGUGACUUCAAGUAAAAUUCCAUUUGAAAGUAACUUUGACAUGAAAUUACCAGGAUUUGUAAAAGCAGAUGUAGAUAUGUAUGGUCCCAUGUCUGGAAUGUUAAUGCAGAGUGGUCUAUAUCCCAUGCGUGGGCCAAGUCACAUGCCAGAAUCAGCAAUAUUUAGUGUUCCAAAACAUGUGUAUGAGAUGGGAAUGUUUAAUGUUCCUGGUCCAAUAGGAAUGUUUUCAAGUCCAGGACACAAAGGUGGAGUGGGAAAUGUAAUAAUGAAUGAUCCAUCAUGUGGGUCUAUACUAGGUAUGGGAAAUAUGAGAGGACAUGACUUUCCACCUUCUCAGUUUGAUUGUGGAGUAAGACCAAUAGGGCCCCCAGGGAGCUAUGGACCCAGAAUUGGUAACAUGCAACAAUUUGAAGGUCCUCGACCACCAAGGCCUGAAAAUUUUACAGGUAUGUGUCAAGGACCAGGCCCUAUACAUGGUCCUGAUAUGAUGCCAUUCAGGUAUCCUAGGGCAACUCCAGAUGUAAGAGGAAGAUUUAAAGGGCCAGAACCUGGUAGGAGUGAUAUGGGUAUGAUAAAUCAGCCAGUGCCAUUUGUUCCUAAUUGUCCAGAUGGCCCUGUUGAUUAUGAAUGUGUAGGGGAGGAACAUGAAAAACCAAACAAAAAAAAGAAUGCAAAACUAGUUUCAAGAAAAAUGUCAUCACAACAAGCAAACAAUGAUGAGCCUCCAUAUGAUCCUAAGAAGCCAUGGAUUACACCAGAAAUCUGGAAGGAAAUUCGAAAGAAAUAUGAACUUCAAAAAGUAGCAAGAGAAAGUGGUACAGCACAGGCUUGGAGAACAUUCAAGAUUCAAAGAAAUCGUGUAGCCAGUCUGUUGAGGGAUUCCAAAGUUCGACUUGGUUUUCCUCGAGGUGGUUCAAAAGGAAAUAAACUGAACUUGGCAAUGAAGAGAAGAGCUAAGAGAAGAGAAAAAGGUGUAGUGAAGCAGUCACCUGUUCAAAAAAAGUGUGAAUUUGAUCAAGACAGUAAUGAUGAAGAAGAUAGUAAUGAUGAAGAGGAAAAAUCAAGCCAAGUCUUUAAACCAAUCGAAGAUGAGAAAACACUGGCCAUAACACCUGAAACUCUACUUGUUGGUAGCAAACACAUUACUAGUGUAUCACUGGCUAAAAACCAAGAAAGUACACACAACACUGGAGGAGAAAAUUUCGAAAAUAUCAGUAACUUUUUAACUGGGGCACUGCCUCAAAGUAAUAGCAACACAAAACAACAAGAAAAACCAGCAGAACCAAAUCAGCCUUCUACUGAAUGUGUUACUGUUCCACAAAAACCAAAAAUCAAAUGGCACAAAAAAACAUAAGAUGUGUUAAGUCCAAAAUUUUGAAACUACUAUAAGCACUUCAGCUGAUUCAGUAAUUAACAGUACUAUAAAAGAUUACGUUAGGUGUGAGUUCAAAUUGAUUAACCUCGUUUUGGUAUAUGUCGAGGAAAUGUUUUUCUAAUUUAUGUGUUAAAACUAUUUCAUUGUAAUCAUUUCAUAUUUUUUGUUCUCAUUACUGUUACAAAUCACAGUUUCAGAAAUGCUGCAGAAAGUGGUGGAAAAAUCAGUUUAUUGGUUAAGGUGACUCUUAAUAGAAUUUUGUAAAGAUUAAAACGUUUAAAUAAUUGUUAGAGUAUAACAGAUGCUUUCAUCAGAGAAUAAUGAAUUAAAAGUUCAAUAAAUGAAAGAAAAUUCCUGGUUUGUCAGUUAUUUUUAAUCAUAAGUGCAUACAUACCUAUUUAAUUUAAAACAAUACUUAAAGUUAGAUGAAUUAAAUAUGUAAAUUGUCUUCCAAUAGACACAGAAAUUGUAUAGUCUCAUAUUUGUAUAUUAUAUUUAGUAGCUUCCACAUUAGUAAUGACUAAGAUAUAUCAAGAUGCAAAAUAAAUGUAGUAUAAUAUUUUUAACACUAAUGUUUUCAGAAGAUUCUAAGUAUUUGUCCUUGAAGAUGAUAAUAAAGAGAAAGAGACAUUUAAUAUAUUAUGUAUGAUGGAUUAACUUCUGCCAACACUAGUAGGAACGGCAGUCAUAAAAUCUUUUAUACGUGUAAAGAAAAAUCACGUGCUUGGAAAGCAUCGCAAUUUAACAUCUGAUAGUUGUUAGAGAAAGCUUCUCAAAACCAAAUCAGUUUUUAAUAAUGUAUAAUUCUGUUGACUUAGUAUAGAAGUACAAGAUAUUGUUGUUUACAAAACAAUUCAGGAAAUAGUGUUCUGGUUAGAAUGUGUUGACUGGUGAGUGUUUGCAUGGUGGUGUUUUUGUGAGACUUGAAAGGAAACUUUUCAAACUAGUUCUCAUACAAUGAAUCUGCAGGUCCAUAAUUUGUGUAUUGUUACAGCAAGAAAAAAGAAAGUCUUGCUCCACAAUUUGGGGCUGUGUUGUAAGGGUGAUGGUCAAAUCCCACUAUUUGGACAAAAGUAGGCUAAGAGUUUUUGGUGAGUGGUGUCAACUACCUGCCUUCCAUCUAGUCUGUCUGUAUGAAGUUAGAGAUGGCUAGCACAGGUAGCCUUUGAGUAGCUUUGUGCAACUAUCUGAAAACAAUAAGUUUAUAUUCUCAAUUGUAUCUGUUUCCAUUGUACACUUGUCUUGCCAUCAUAAAGUAUUUUACUGCAACAGGAAAAUAUCAUAAAUAUUAGUGUCUAGUUUACAAAUUCCUGAUGGAUUUGCUCCUUCUUCAAGAUUGCUUCUUUUUUCUUUCUUUUUUUUUCUCGUACAGAAUUGUCUUAAUAAGAUCAAGGAACUAUGCACAAGAGCAUUUGGGUUUUCUUGUAGAACAAAUCUGUCAACGAACUGUUACACAAUUUUAGUAUAAACUGGAAUACAUAUGUUGCUUUUGAAAUAUAAUCUUAUGUAAUAACCACUUUUUUAUCUGUUUUUGGACUUUUUUGAACUGUCAACUUUGUGUACUGUUUUUGUUUUUAUGUCUAUCUUUGUACACUUUCACUAAGAAACGUCAAACUUUACAGCUAGAUCUUGAGAGUUUUUUACUCUUGUUAUUGUAAGGUUGUUAGGAAGUCCUGUGCUGGAAAAACUAGAUAAUAUCAACCACAUUCACAAUAAAAUAGUGUACAAGUGAUAAAAUGAAUUAAACCUACACCAAUAUGAUAUUCUUUACUAAAUAUACAUAAAGCUUUAUUGGGUGACAUUCUCUUUAGUGUAUUAGCUGAACUUGUAAAUACUGAUAUUGGUUAAGAUUUCUCAAUUGGGCAUAGUAUACUGUACAUUUAAGUGUUAUUAGUCAGUGUGAGUUGUUAUAAUCGUGUACUUUUUUUGUUAUAAAAAUAUUAAAUAAAAGAAUGUUUUACUUUGAUCAGUUUUUUAUUGUUCAUCUGCUUUAAAGUUGUGACAAUGGAAGGAGGUUGCUAAUGAUUGUACCAUUUUGUUACUUUAGAGUCUUAUGAACAAAGUUUAAUACAAAGUCCUCUUGAAACAAACAUGGAUUAUGUUAAAAUACAUAUUAAUUUUUUUCUAUCAUAGGUUAAAUGUGUCUUUAAUAGAUUUAAUACAUUAUACUUUUGACAUAAACAUUUAUUUAUAAAUAGUUUCACUACUUUUGGCAUCCAUUUAUAAUGGUUUUGCUACUUAAAAAUGAACAGAGCAUUAUCAAAGUGGAUUGCAGUUCAUGCUUCUAUGAUUCCAGGUAGUUUAAGGACAGACUGUUUCAUCCAGUACAUCUUGAUAUGUUUGCUAAGUUAAGAAACUUAAGAGUUCUAAAUCCUCUUGGAAAGCUAAGACAUCCUUUCAGUGUGAAAGAAAAUAAGUACAUGUGUAUAUAAAUGAAAAUUGUGCUCUUAUUAGUUUUUUCUAAGUUAUUUCCAUUUUUAUAAAUUACAAUUUAAAUUAAAUCAAUUGUUAUCAAUUUUUCAUUAAGAAAGCCAUGUGUUAUGUGUAUUUUCUCUAGCCUAAAAGUUUUCAAGCUUGCUUUCAGAAAGAGUAGAAUUAUUGUGUAAAAGUCCAUAAGGUUUGCAUUCUUAGUAGUUUUUAACUCUAAUCAUAUUUUAGUAUUUUAAAUAAGAAAUUUUGUGUGUUUUUUCAGUACAAUAAAUUUUAGCAUUGCACAAAGUUUUCAUAUGUGUACAUCAAAAAUAUUAAUACACAUUUGUACAUGUAGUUGUAAUCUUUUAAUCCAUGUUGAGAAUUGUAUACCUGUUUAUUUUUUUAUUAUCAUUAUUCAUCUAUAAUUUCCAAUGCUCCACAUGGCUGAAAAAUCCCUAAAAUUAUCUUCCCCUUUAAGUAUUCUUAAUUUCAAUAUUUUUGUGGCUGGAUGGGAGUCUGAUUGUUUCUAUGUUUAUACUACUGGAAUCAACCAAAUUAUCUUGAUGUACUUACUUGAAUAAAGGCAUACAUUGUUUCAUCUCAUUAGCAUAUGAUAUGUUUUUUCUCAGUGAAGGUAACUGAGGAACAUUUAAGCUUCUCUGAUCUUUGCUAAACUUUACUGGUGAAGGUUAAUGUAUUUUUAUUAUCUGACCUUGGAGUGAUCUUGGCAUAUUGUGCUAUUCCUUUCAUUCUGUCACUAGUCUUUCUAGAUGGUGAAUGAAUUAAAGAAAAAAAGAGACAUUGAAAUGUGUGUGAAUUUUUGAAAUAUAUAACAAAAGGGAUGGGUAUUUCUAGUGUGUUGAACCAGCGAGAGGCUUCAGGUGAAAUUUAUAGUUUUCUAAACAAACUACUUAUUAACAGAAAUCGUAUGUUAAACUGGAAGUGAAUUGUUUGACGUGGAUAUUGAUUGAAAGCAGUGAUAUUUUAAAUUUGAAAAACUAACAUUGGUUAUUCAGUGCACAUUUUACCCGACUAAAUAAUUGAAAAACAAAUUAUUCAAAAGUUAUGAACAUAUGUAGAUAAUUAUUAUAAUAAUUUGAUAUGCUGAUAUCUUGUUUAGAUGAUUCAUGAAAAUUAUAGUAACUUAUACAUGGUUGUUAUUUGCAUAUUGAAGGAAAAGUACUGUGUAGAGUUGUUCAUUUAUUUUAUAUUAUUUAGUUAGGGUAAUUGUAUCAUAAGUGUCUAUGUAAUGUUUUCCAAGAUAUAGUACAAUAAUCUUAUUAUUAGCUCUUUGUUUAAUAAAAUGCUUAUUCUGUAACUUUACAUAAUUAAUAACCAUUACAUUUAUUUCAUUGUAUCUUUAGAGAGUUUUUACACAGAAUUUACUAUAAAGAAGUACCUAAAUUGAAAUUUGUGAGAAACAUGUAUCAUGUAAUUUUGUUACAGUUUGUACAAAAUUAAGUUAACAAUUUAAUACAAGUCAAAGAAAUGGCAGAAUAUUUGUGUUCCACAGUUUGUAUGCAUAAAUAAUUGUGAAGUGUUAUCUUCAGACUGAGGUUAAGUGAUUUAUUUAUAACUCUUAAGAGAUAAUGUCACACAAUGCAGAAUAGUGUGCAUGUGUGAUAAGUAUAUUGCUUAAUAUCUGCUUUUUAUGGUUUCAGUUUAAUAGUCAAAUGAAAGUCUUUUAUAUUAUUGACACAAGAAAGUUGGGCAAUAUGUUUUAACCUGAUAAAGUUUAUGCUUAAGAUCUUUAUAGUCAUCUGUGGUGUCCUACUAAUCUCUUUAAUUUUCCUUAUAUUUUCAGAAAGGUCUGUCCUGUAAUUUAAUAGAAAUUUGUUUGAAGGCUUGAAUAGACUGAUUUUUUUCAAAUACUGAUUUAUGAUGACUUCAUUUAACAAAUAUUUUGACAGUUAUUGAAAACAAAUAACAAUUGCACAUUUUGUUGAUGGAACAUUAUUAUUGUUUUAAAACAAAAACCUAAAACGUUUAAGAUUAGCUUUGACACUUAACAUUUAUGGUUCACUCCCAUUCUUUACCACACAGUUUUGAAAGAAUUUUGAUAAUCAUAUUUUUUAUGGCUAAUAAUCUGCAAUGUUGUGUCAGUGUUCUAAACAUUUUUAGAAUUAUAAAGUAUCAUUUAUAUACGUAAUCUGUUUGUGUCUUCAUCACACAAAAUACAUACAUUUGUCAUGUGGAAUAUU